AUGGUGGAUCCAGUGGCGGAUCCUGGCGAGGAGCGAUGCGGGGAUCCGGGGGGAGCUGCAGGUGCAGACGGGCCUCCGGCGGCGGCGAUGGCCACGGCGACCUCCUCCUCCGCAGCUGCCGCCCCCGUGUGUCAGUCGCCCACCCCCCUUCCGGCCCCCGUGCCGCCUCCUCCUCCUCCUGCCGGGACCGGGGAGCCGGGCCAGGUCCGCGAAGAGUCGCCGAUGCUGCACCUGGACCUGUACAACUUUGACCGCCCGGAGGCCGAGGGCAGCCGCUAUGUCCUCACCAGCCCCCGCUCGCUGGAAGCCUGCGCCCGGAGCGCCGUCAAGCCGGUGGAGCUGCUGCCCAGGUCCCUCAGCGAGCUGGUGAAGGAGGCCCCGGGCAGGUCGAUGAGGGUGGCUGCCGGCCUGUACGAAGUCUACGAGAUGGACCGGCAGAGGAAGCUGCAGCAGUGCCGGGAGGAAAGGGAAAGGAUUAUCCGGGAGGAGAAGAGGAGGCUUUUCACGCCUCUCCUGGUCGGCAGCCUCCCUUCCUCCCCAGCUGCCAGGAUGGCCGUCAGAAGCGCCGCCGCCGCCGCCUCCGAUGGGAGCUGCACCCCAGCAGCUGCGACGCCCCGGGCCGGCUGCCCUCCUCCCCCCACUGGCAGGAAGACCAAGAAGAGCCACUCCCUGGACUCCUUGCAAAAGAGGAGGGAGGGCUUCUCCGCCAAAACCUCCUCUGACUCCGGUGCCUCUUCCUCCUACAGUGGAGACAGUUUUAAGGACAAAGGGCCCAAGGGGGUUCCCAGGACUAGGUCAGUGGCUGCCAUGAGUCCCCUUGUGGGCAGAAGUUUCAGCUUGGGUGAUCUGUGCCAUUCUCCACAGACCACCAAGAAAGUGGAAAAGAUAGUCAAGGAGGUGAAGAAGAAGGGCCUCAAGGAGGUGUCAGAGAGGGACCGAAAGAUCGCUGCCCUGAUGAUCGCCAGGCACCAGGAAGAGAGCAUCUUGAAUGAACAGCGGUACCUUUCCCACCUCCAGUGGGACAUCCAGAGGAGGCGGGCAGAGCAGCGGAGGGAGCAGGAGGAGAAGGAGAAGCAGAGGGCCUUGAUGCAGUGCAAGAAGAUGUGGGAGUCCAGGCUGGAGAAGCGCCGCUGCAAGCUCACCCUGGAGCAAGAAGGAGUUGCCCUGUUGAAGCAAAAGCAGAACUUGCUGGAGGAACAGAAGCGGCGGCAGCAGGUGGACAAGCAUGAGAAAAUGAAGAGAGAGAAGUUGGAGAAGUCUGCCUUAGAAGACAAGCAAAAGAAACAUCACCAAGAGCGCAACCUGAAGACUCAGGAAGAGAGCAAGAAAGAGGCCCUGGAACAAGAGGUUCAGAUGUUGGAGGAGAAGCAGGCCAUGGCUGCCCAGAAGAAGCUCAAGAAGGAACAGCUCCUACAGAAGGAAAAGAAACUGCUCAACCAGGCUGAGAAGCGGAAGCAUGAUUCCCUCUUCAGGGAGCUAGCCAGGCACGAGGCUGAAGAGAAGGCUGUGCUAAGGGCUUCUUUGGAAGGGAGCUUGAGUAGGGCUCAAGGGAACUAUGAGCAGCUCGUUGAGAAGAGGAACCAAGAAAUAAGGGAGAAGGCAAGGCGGGAGGAGCUUCAGAGUCAAAGGGCCAAGCUGGCAGCAGAGAGGCAGGGGAAGGAGCAGAAGGAGCACUUGAAGGCCUUGGCCAAAGCUACAGAGCGGAAGCUCCAGCAUGCAGCUCAGGUAGCUGAGGAGGUUGUCCAGCAAAAAGCCCGCAAACUGGUCCAAAGCCGGUUGGAAAAGGAGAAGAUACAGAAAGUCAACAAGAAGAAGGUAGAACAGUGUGAAGAUAUCCGGCGCAAGGAGAUCCUUCUGUCGAUUGAAAAAAAACUAGAACGGAGUGAACAGAUCUUUAAGGAGAAAAGAAAUGUGUUGGAAAAUGCCAGGUCUGUUGCUCGAGCAUCGUUCCAUGUCCGGGAAAAGGUACGGGAAGAGAUGAACAUGCGCACUUUUGACAAGAUGGCCUUUGAAGCAGAAUUUCAGUCCGGCCUGGUUAAAAAAUAA